UGACUGAAAAGAAUAUUGCAUUUCAAGCCAUUGCAAAAAUGUGAUUAACUGUUGAUGAUAAUCAAAUAAGGCCUACGUCUUAUUUAUCAAUAAAAUAUUGACGUUUCCAUGAGAAACUACUCUGAGCCAUCUCGGUCCUAAAAGAACCCGUACGGUGCACGGGUCAAACAAAAUGGCGAAUCUCACUGGAGGGAUUCCCCUCAGUAAGGUCAGCCCAAAUUUCCUCCAUGCCAACUCAACCAGUCAUACAUGGCCAUUCAGUGCCAUUGCAGAGUUAAUAGAUAACGCCUAUGAUCCUGAUGUAAAUGCCUCCGAGUUGUGGAUUGACAAGGUAGAGAUCGGUGGAUUUCAGUGCAUUACAUUUGCUGACAAUGGAAAUGGGCUUGACGAGGACAAGCUGCUGAAAAUGCUGAGUUUUGGAUUCUGUGAGAAAGAUGUUUAUGAGAAAUCGAAUCAUAAACCAAUUGGGCAUUAUGGAAAUGGCUUCAAGUCUGGUUCAAUGCGACUUGGCCAGGAUGCGAUCGUCUUCACCCGACAUGUACACACCACCAGCAUUGGGAUGCUAUCCCAGACUUACCUGUCCAAGACGGGGUGUGAGACAGUCAUGGUGCCAAUCAUCACCUGGGAAUUACCUUCCAAUAAAAAAAUUCACAGUGGCAGCUCCCAAAAUAACCUGGCAGCAAUCCUCAAGUACUCACCAUUUACUACAGAGUCCAGUCUUCUCACGGAACUCUUUAGUCUGGAGAGGCUCAAGACUGGGACCAAAAGUUUCAUCUUUAACUUGAAACGUUCCAAAUCAGGAAGCCCUGAGUUGGACUUCGAGAGUGACCCACUAGACAUUCGUAAUCCAGAGACGCUAGCCAUGGACAUGACAACAGUGUAUAGGCCCAUGCAGGAAACCAUUCCAGAGUUCAAGACUUCUCUCAGGGAAUAUUGCAGCAUCCUGUUCCUGAAACCUCGUAUGAAGAUUGUACUCCGUGGACAGAAAGUUAAAACCAAACUUAUUUCCAAAAGUUUGUCGCACACAGAAAUUGAUGUCUACAAGCCGGGAUGGCUGGGUCGACCUCUGAAGAUAGUGUUUGGGUUCACCUGCUCUAAAGAUGCCCGCAGUGAAAACUAUGGACUUAUGAUGUACCACAGGAACAGGCUGAUCAAGGCCUACGAGAAAGUUGGCUAUCAGAGACAGCGCAAUAAUUUGGGUGAAGGAGUAGUGGGCGUGGUUCAGGUGGAUUUCCUUCAGCCCAUACACAACAAACAAGACUUCAACAAGGAUGAGAAGUACAACUCCUUCAUGACCAACAUCUCACAGAAGUUGAAUGAUUACUGGAACGAGAAGAAGUGUGGAGGCAGUCGGGUUCAGGUGGCGCCAGCAGGGAAUCUCCCCGACUGGCUGUGGGCCCAGUGUGAAAACUGUCUGAAGUGGCGUCGUCUUCCUGAUGGCGUUCGGCAGACAGGACUCCCAGACCGAUGGUUCUGUCACAUGAACCCUGAUGCAUCACAUAAUCGUUGUGAUGUGGAGGAGGAACCCGAGGAUGAGGACGAAGCUUUAAACAGGCCGACUUACGAGAAAACUUACAAGAAGCAGCAAGAAGAGAAGCGGAAAAUGUGCAAGAUGGAGGAGCACCAACGUCGGAUACAGAAAGAGAGAGAACUACGAGACAGGGAAGUGGCAAUUCAACGAACAUUACAGCGUAUAAAUCAAGGAGAGGUGUCAAGUUCCAAGAAUCAGAUGCGGAAGGAUGUGGUGAACUUGGAGAAGGCUCUGAUUGAGUCGAAGAAGCGCGAGGCGCUGCAGAAGCGGCUGAUCCUGCAGCUCCAAGAGCAAAAGAAACAUCAGGAGCAGCAGAAGGGGGAGCUUCUGAAGGCCGCCGAGAACCUCCGUGUUGUCAACAUGCAGAACAAUACCCUUCUGGAGAAAGCAGAAAAUUUGGCUGGUAAUUCCCCUGUGUCAUCCACAAGCGGCAACAACAGGAACCAAAACCAGAACCAGAACAUGUGUUUCAAGACGGAGGAUGGAGAGGUGAUCAGUAUUGUGGAGAAUGAUGAUGAUGCAAGUCCUCAGCAAAAAAAUCGUAAUGCUGGAAAGCGGAAACCUGUGACCGACCUCAUUGAUCUGACCAUGGAGGAAGAUGAUAUGCCUUCAUCACCGACAGCUAGCAAGUUGUUCCGGACUGAGGACAUUAAACCAGACAAAGACGAACUCGAUGAGCAGCUGCAGAACAGUGAAGGCAUGGAGACCGAUGCUGUCAAGGACAAAAGCAAAGAUGUGAAACCAAGUCUUGAAGAAUUGGACAGUGAAAUCGAUGUGUUGAGGAAAGCCAACAGCGAAUCCAAAAAACAGAGGAAAAAUGCAGCAAGUGGUAAUCUGUACUCAAAAUCAAAAGAAAAACAGAUUGCUCCUCGAAAAGAGAAGGACAAAGAUGGAUUGUGUGAAUCUGAAACAAAGCAGAGAUAUGAGGAACUGAAAAAGAUGUAUUCUACUAAAUGUACAGAGGUGACACAGGCUAUGGAGGAGCUGAAGGCUUUACAGGACAAUGUGCACAGGCUUCUGAGGAUUAUAGUGCCCGAUGUGGAAUUGGGGGAUGCUCAAGACAUUCGUUACAUUGUGGAGGAGAUGAUCAGGGUGAACUCUGAUGAAUCUUUGUUGAAUGGCGCAUCAGCCACGUGAUGGUGGAUCUAUGUUUCUUCCUUGUAUCUUAUAUGUGUCAUAUUGUUAUAUUUUUUCAAAGGAACUUGAUGAACUUGAUGUGAUGGACAGUGAACAAUCACAGAAUUGAAUAGUUGUUUUAGACUAAUGAAAGCCAUGGAAUAACUUCCUGUUUGUGACAAGUCUCUACUCAAUUUAUGUGCAAAGAAAUGUGUUUUAUAUUUUCAUAUCAAACUUUUCAGCCAUCUUAAUCUUUAGCACAGGGACCACCUAUUCCUAUUGAUUGGAUGUCAACUAUCAUCUAAGAUUCAUUAUCAUUGAUCCUAGAUUAUGCUGAGAUUAGUAAGUUUUGGAUGGACUAGUCAGCCAUCACAGGUCUCAUGCAUGUGCAUUCAGAGAAAUAAACUGAUUUCUUGUAAAAUGUGUAUGAUUAAUGUACUUCUCUCUUGGAAUAUGUUGAUUCUGUUGCAGCCUCUGACUGGGUACAAGCCUGUGACUUUGGUUGAAUAGUAGCCCGUGACUGUGACUGAGUAGUAGACUGUGGCUGAGUAGUAGCCUGUGACUGUGGCUAAAUAGUAGCCUGUGACUGUAGCUAAUAGUAGCCAGUGACUGUGGCUGAAUAGUAGCCUGUGACUGUGGCUGAGUAGUAGCCUGUGACAGUGGCUGAGUAGUAGCCUGUGACUGUGGCUGAAUAGUAGCCUGUGACAGUGGCUGAGUAGUAGCCUGUGACUGUGGCUGAUUAGUAGCCUGUGACUGUGGCUGAUUAGUAGCCUGUGACUGUGGCUGAGUAGUAGCCUGUGACUGUGGCUGAACAGUAGCCUGUGACUGUGGCUGAACAGUAGCCUGUGACUGUGGCUGAGUAGUAGUCUGUCACUGUUAUUGAAUAGUAGCCUGUGACUGUAUAUAUCAUGCUUAUCAAACAGUAUUUCUGACUAUUAUUUGGUAAAGUUACUCAAUUAACAAUUCUGAAAUUCCCUGACUCAAAAUGCAAUUAAUGUAGUACUUGACAGCUGGAGGUACAUGUUAUCUCCACGACAGUGUUACUGAACAUAUCAGCUGGAGGUAUAUGCUAUUCCUGGACAGUGUUACAGAACUGAUCAGCCAGUGUUACAGAACUCAGAUGAUGUUACGGAACUUAUCACCCAGAGGUAUAUGUUAUUCCACGACAGUAUUACUGAAUGUAUCAACUGGAGGUAUAUGCUAUUCCUGGACAGUGUUACAGAACUCAGACAGUGUUACGGAACUUAUCAGUCAGAGGUACAUGUUAUUCCACGACAGUAUGACUGAAUGUAUCAACUGGAGGUAUAUGCUAUUCCUGGACAGUGUUAUGGAACUUAUCAGCCAGUGUUACAGAAUUCAUACAGUGUUACAUUAUCACCCAGAGGUAUAUGUUAUUCCACGACAGUGUUACUGAACGUAUCAGCUGGAGGUAUAUGCUAUUCCUGGACAGUGUUACAGAACUGAUCAGCCAGUGUUACAGAACUCAGACGAUGUUACGGAACUUAUCACCCAGAGGUACAUGUUAUGCCACGACAGUGUUACUGAACAUAUCAUCUGGAGGUACAUGAUAUUCGCGGACAGUGCAGUAAUAUAUAAGUGCUAGUCAGGUGGUCACAUGUAGAACAAAACUUCUCAAAAUUGGAUUUGCAUGGUUGUGAAGUCUGAAUCUAUCUUUCUAUGUGUCCGUCAUGUAUUUGUUUGUUGUCCACAAGAGUCCAUUAUCAGGGCAGGAAUUAUGUCACCCUGAUUAAUAAUCUGUCAGUUCUCAGGUAAUCACAAAUACUGAGCAGCAAUACAGUGCUGGGCCCUGUUCCUUGAUUGUAGCGCUACGACUGUCGUAAGUCUGUGUUAAAGUGUGGGAGUUAAGUAAUCUUAGCACUAUGAUUGUUUUGUGGAACGGGGAGCCCUGGUGUGUUCUGAAGUAGUCGACUUCAGCAUGUUUAGUCGGCAAGUAUAUGUUUGUGAAGUAAAAUUAUUGCAGCUUAAGCUGCAGGUUUCAUAGCUCUGCCCCAUGUGAAAUUUAUUAAAACACUUUCUACUUCAACUUUUGCAUGAAAGCAUAAUUCUUGAUGCAUAAUUUGUCCCAUUUCAUGUUAAGAUAAAGAUGUAUGAAGUUAACAUUUAAUAUUAUUGAUUGUUCUCCAAGUGAAGGAUAUGUUUAGUUUGUGGUUCUUUAAAACAAGUGGGUACAAUAAUGACCUUGGUUGGCCCUGUAGAUGUUGACUUGUCAAACUGGUUUGAAAUUUUCUGGCAUGAAAUUUUAUUAAUUUUUUACAAUAAAUGAGAUUGUUUUCAUCAAUUGCUUGUGGCCAUAUUAUUACAUACAAGAAAGGCUGCUGUUGAGAAUAACAUUGAUUAAUAAAUAUGUUGUGUUAAAGAUCAUUAAAAUCCCCUUUUAUGA